CUUUCUUCUCUUUCCUAGGCCCACCCAGAAUUGCUGACAAAGUGAUUCACCGGCAAUCUGUGCGAUUAGGAAGAACGGUCAAGCUCCUUUGCCCGGUGGAGGGUGACCCCCCGCCUCUCACCAUGUGGAUGAAAGAUGGACGGACGAUCCACAGCGGGUGGACAAGGUUCCGGGUCCUCCAGCAAGGGCUGAAAAUCAAGGAAGUAGAAAGCGAGGACGCCGGGACAUACAUCUGCAAGGCCACCAACGGAUUCGGCAGCAUGAGUGUGAACUAUACGCUCAUCGUGAUUGAUGAUGCCAGCCCUGGUAGGGAGAGUGUGGUGCCUGAAGGCCCCAAUGCGGACUCCGAAGAUCAUGCUGGGAAGCUCUGGGCUCGACCUCGGUUCAGUCAGCCUGCCAAGAUGAGGCGGAGGGUGAUCGCCCGGCCCGUGGGGAGCUCCGUGCGCCUGAAAUGCGUCGCCAGUGGAAAUCCUCGGCCUGAUAUCAGCUGGCUAAAAGACAACAAGCCUCUCGCCCCACAGGAGAUUGGGGGGAACAAAAGGAAGAAAUGGACACUGAGCUUGAAGAACCUCAAGCCUGAAGACAGCGGGAAAUACACCUGCCGCGUCUCCAACAGGAUCGGGGAGAUCAACGCCACCUACAAAGUGGAAGUCAUCCAAAGAACAAGAUCCAAACCCAUUCUUACCGGGACCCACCCUGUGAACACCACAGUGGACUACGGAGGGACCACCUCGUUCCAGUGCAGGGUGAGGAGCGACGUGAAGCCCGUCAUCCAGUGGCUGAAGCGGGUGGAGUACGGGACUGAGAACAAGUACAACUCGACCAUCGAUGUCGGGGGACAGAAGUUUGUGGUGCUGCCCACGGGGGACGUCUGGUCCCGCCCAGAUGGCUCCUACCUGAACAAGCUCAUGAUCACCCGAGCCAGAGAGGAGGACGCUGGGAUGUACAUCUGCCUCGGGGCCAACACCAUGGGCUACAGCUUCCGGAGCGCCUUCCUGACGGUGUUGCCAGAUCCCAAGCCGCCCAGCCCACCGGUGGCUCCUUCCUCCGCCAGCAGUCUUCCGUGGCCCGUGAUCAUUGGGAUCCCUGCCGGAGCGGUCUUCAUCCUGGGCACCAUCCUUCUCUGGCUCUGCCAAACCAAAAAGAAGCCCUGCUCUCCUCCAGCGGCAACCCCCAUCCACAGGGCCCACCCCCGGGACCGCCUCUGCACCGCCCCCCUGCCCGACAAAGACGGCCUGUCCCCCGCUCACUAUGAGGAGUACCUGGUACAGCAGCAGCACCUGCUCUCCCCGGGGCCUGGCCUGGCCUCCACCACCGCCGCUUCCAAAAUGUACCCAAAGACGUACACGGACAUCCACAGCCACACUCACUCCCAUGUGGAAGGCAACGUCCACCAGCACCAACACGUUCAUUACCAGUGCUGAAGAAGAGCAGCCUCUCUCUCUCUCUCCAGGUGUGCCUUGCGCUGCUGCUGAGGUAGAGCCAGAAACCAAAAUGAAACCAAACCAAAAGCAUUUGGGAGACAGGUGUGGAAUGUGGGUCUUUGGCUGUUUUGUUACCGUGACAAGAAAUUAUGAAGGAAUUCCCAAAGGGCAAAGGCGACUUCUUGCACCCCUUGAGAAGUCAGAAACUGCCGGCAUGAAGGCGAGAGAAGGUGGGGGAGGCGCCCGUCCACAGCUGCUUCUCUUCUCCGGUCAGCUCCGGGAGGGCAAAUCCCAAGGAACCACCCCCCCCUCUCCGGAGCCCCUCCUCCCAGGGAAGGAGAGGAAGGAGGUGCUGGAGUUGGCCAAGGGGCUCAGCCACACCCAUGGCCGAGCAUUCUUAAGUGGCCUUCCGAAGAAGACGAGCACUGCCUGGGUUGCUUUCCAGGGCAGUUUCUCUUUUUUUUUAAGUUAAAGUUGUGAAAUGUUCCCGUGUUGCCUGAAAAUUAGCAAUAAGGAAGCUGAUGCUGACUGACAGUCCGCGUUUCACCGGAGGGCUUUCUUGGAAGGAAAGAGAGGAGCUCUCCCUUCCUCCACUGCCAAAAAGAAAAAGGAGAUUGUACAGCUUGCUUUUAUAUUUAUAUUUAAUUAUUGUAAGGAUGAUAAUAAUUAAACUGCUGGAUUCUUUUUUUAAUGGAUCCCACCACGUCGCCCUUCCCAGAGCUAAAUGCCAGGCCAUGGUCUGUGUGUGUUUGGGGGGGGGGGGGAUGUCUGGGCUGCGAAGGGGGGGGCAUCAGGCAGGUAAAAGCUGCUUGGGAAAGAGAGAAUAAAGUGCCUCUCUGGAGAAGGAAUUUGCUGAAUGUGCACUUCUGGAGGGGGGGGGGUCAGUUUGUGUCUGUCAAACCAUGCAGUUUCAUCUCAGUUUAGUUUCAAGGGAAACGGCAAGCCAAGUAGGACCGUAUUAAAGGCCCAGCUGGACUCAAUGUUAAUUCAGUCAAAGAUCUAAAAUCUUUUUAAUUCUAUAUAGAGUUUAAACAGAAGACGUGUAUAUUAAUUUAUUUUGUUAAAACAAAAAACACAAAAAAAAGAGAAAAUGUAUAAUUUCAUCAAGAGCAGGCAUUUCUAUACUUAUUUUGAUCAAAAAUAAAAGAUGUUGUCCAGUU